CGUGAACGCGGAGCUGACACCGGACACUGCAAAAACAUCCCACAGAAUCGACUUUCAACUUCGGGACCUGCUGUGAAUCUCCACCAGGAACACCAACAGCAGAAAACGGCUCACCGGGACAGGAGUGUGUGUGUGUGUGUGCGCAUGUGUGGGAGUGUGUGUGUGUGUGAGUGAGUGAGUGUGUGUGUGUGUGUGUUUUGGAGCGUCAUUAUGCCAUGGCAUCUCUGGGCAGCUCCUUUGUGCAGAUCAAGUUUGAUGACAUCCACUUCUAUGAGAACUGCGGCGGCGGCAGCUUCGGGAGUGUGUAUCGCGCCCGCUGGCUCUCACAGGACAGAGAGGUGGCGGUGAAAAAACUGCUGAAGAUCGAGAAAGAGGCUGAGAUUUUGAGCGUUCUCAGUCAUCGGAACAUUAUCAAGUUUUAUGGAGCGAUUCUGGAAGCGCCCAAUUAUGGGAUUGUUACAGAGUACGCCAGUGGCGGGUCUCUGUUUGACUAUCUGUCCAGCGACGAGAGCGAGGACAUCAGUAUGCAGCAGAUUAUGACCUGGGCCAUGGACAUCGCUAAAGGCAUGCAUUAUCUGCACUCUGAGGCCCCAGUUAAAGUCAUUCACAGAGACCUCAAAUCCCGAAAUGUUGUGUUAAGCUCAGAUUCAGUGCUCAAGAUCUGUGAUUUCGGGGCGUCCAAGUUUCAUUCACACACCACACACAUGUCUCUGGUGGGCACGUUUCCCUGGAUGGCCCCUGAAGUCAUCCAGAGCCUCCCGGUGUCUGAGACCUGCGACACCUUCUCCUACGGCGUGGUCCUGUGGGAGAUGCUGACUCAGGAGAUUCCAUUCAAAGGUCUGGAGGGGCUUCAGGUGGCCUGGCUGGUGGUGGAGAAACAUGAGAGGCUGACGAUCCCCAGCAGCUGCCCAGCAAGUUUCGCCUGUUUGAUGAGAAGCUGCUGGGCGACAGAACCAAAAGACCGGCCGCUGUUUAAACACAUCCUGUCCACACUGGAGUCCAUGUGGAACGACACUCAGCUUCCUGACAAGUGCAACACUUUCCUGCAGAAUAAAGCCGAGUGGAGGUGUGAGAUCGAGGCGACUCUGGAGCGUCUGAAGCGUUUGGAAAGAGAUCUGAGCACCAAAGAACAAGCGCUGAAGGAACGAGAGAGACGCUUGAAGAUGUGGGAGAGGAAGCUGAUCGAGCAGUCAAACACACCGCUUCUUCCAAACCUGGCCAUUCACUCCUGGACAGAAGAGCAUGUGCAUUUCUGGAUGGAGCAGAUCUUUGAAGGUGAUGGAGAGCUGCAGCAGUACGCUAAUGUCUUCAGACAGAACCACAUCACAGGACAGAGACUGCUGCUGCUGUCCGAGUCUGACAUGAGAGAUCUGGGCGUGACGUCUAAAGGACACAUCAUACACCUGAAGACUGAAAUCGAGAAACUGACCCACGACUACCUGAAUCUGUUUCACUUUCCUCCGCUGAUCAAGGAUGGUUCGGCCUCUGAGGAAGCAGACGAGGACUGGAGUAAAACAGUGAAUCUGGAGCUGGUGUUUGGGUAUCACUGGAAAGCAGGCACAGGACAAAAGGACUGCAAAUGGAAAAUGUACUUGGAGCUGGACGGGGACGAGGUGGCGAUAGCGUACAUCAAAGACGUGACCUUUAACGCCAACAGACCAGAUGUAGAUGUUUUAAAGAUGACCAAGCCUCCGUUUGUGAUGGAUAAAUGGAUAGUGGGAAUAUCUGGCACGCAUACUGUUGACUACAUAGUGAACUAUGAGGGUAACGUGAGAUCUCCAAAGUGUACGAGACAUGUUCACACAGUGCAGUGGAGUUCAGACAGCGGAAAAGACGUGAUCAAACCUGUGGAGCUGGUCAUCGAGACGGCGCCAGGCAUCAGAGAGGCGCACAACAGGAGCAGAUCCAACUCAGGUGUGGAUCCCAAAUGGAUUUACAGCCUGAGAAUGAAGCAGAUGAAAGAGCAGGCGGCCCAGGAGUCCCCCACCAAGAUGAGCCUUCCUCAAUUCCUGUCUGUCAUCAGUAACCAGUCUUCAUAUGCAGCAGCCGUAAGGAGAUCUCCAAACCGCAGUCCUCUCAGUCCCUGGACCGACUCCCGCAGCUCCUCUCCAACUCUCUCCGUCAAACUCUCCAACAUGCACCUGGGCUCCAAAGGAAGCAGUCCAUCCAGCACCACCUCCGAGAGUGCUUCUGAACGCGAGCGGCCCCCGAGCGCUGGAGCCAAACACAACUACAACAAAAAACCCUACUACGAUCACCACACGCUGAAGAUGAGCGGCGGGGGAAGAGGAGAGGGAGAAGCCAGGAGGUUUCUGCCGCAGAGAGGAUCUAGAGGCUUCCAACAUGCUGGACGGCCACGAAACACAUACUCAUACGCAACGCCACCGCACCACCAAAGGCCCAUACCAGGGAUGUCAAUGGCCACUGAAGGGCCGAAGCAGAAAGUGGUGUCUGAGGAGCCUGGGGAUGGGGACUGGAUUAAAGUAGAGAGGAAAAAGACAAUUAAACAGGAGUGUAAAUAUCAGGAAGUGAGGCCAGUCAGAGGUCGGCCGCGUAGAGGUGGGAGAGGCAGUGGACGUGGACGAAACUGAAUGUCUUUUGUGCUUUAGAACUUGGCUUUAUAUCUGCAGCAGUGGUUCUGGAAGUGCUUUUGCCAUAGGGAUUUUUUACUAAUCUCUCGUAAUUAAGCCUUGAACCAAACCAAAACCAAACCAAGUAGGUAUCACUGGCUGCAGCCCGGAGACCUCCAAGUGAGAGGGAUUACACUGCAAGUAGCCUGAGAAGGGUAUAAACAGAGGUCGGAGCCAGCUCCAAGUAGGUGGGACUUGAGCUCCAAGUACACUGUACAAACCUGGAGUUUUCAUUUAUUUAAUGUCUCGUACAUGACACAGAGUCCAAUAAUGUGCUUCAUGAAUGUCUACACCUACCCCAACCCUUAACCCAACCUCGCAGUAACCUGUUGUGUUUCAUUAACCUCUACACCUACCCCAAACCUAAACCCAACCUUACAGUAGCCUGUUGGGUUUUAUUAACGUUUACACCUUCCCCAACCCUAAACCCAACCUCGCAGUAACCUCUGAUGUGUUUUAUUAACCUCUACACCUACCCCAAACCUAAACCCAACCUUACAGUAACCUGUUGUGUUUCAUUAACCUCUACACCUACCCCAAACCUAAAGCCAACCUUACAGUAACCUGUUGUGUUUCAUUAACCUCUACACCUACCCCAAACCUAAAGCCAACCUUACAGUAACCUGUUGUGUUUCAUUAACCUCUACACCUACCCCAAACCUAAAGCCAACCUUACAGUAGCCUGUUGGGUUUUAUUAACAUCUACACCUACCCCAAACCUAAAGCCAACCUUACAGUAGCCUGUUGGGUUUUAUUAACAUCUACACCUACCCCAAACCUAAAGCCAACCUUACAGUAGCCUGUUGGGUUUUAUUAACAUCUACACCUACCCCAAACCUAAAGCCAACCUUACAGUAGCCUGUUGGGUUUUAUUAACAUCUACACCUUCCCCAACCCUAAACCCAACCUCGCAGUAACCUCUGAUGUGUUUUAUUAACAUCUACACCUACCCUAAACCCAAACCCAACCUUACAGUAGCCUGUUCCGUUUUAUUAACGUCUACACCUACCCCAAACCUAAACCAACUCUUACAGUAACCUAUUGUGUUUUAUUAAUGUCCACAUCUACCGCAAACCUAAACUCAACCUCACAGUAACCUGUGGUUUUAUUAAUGUCUACUCCACCUACACCACCUAAACCCAGCCCACUUGUGGCGUAUGUCACUCCCACUUGGAGGUCACCCACCCUACUUGUAGUGUAAUCCCUCCUACUUGAAGGUUUCCAGGCUGCAGUGCUAUCUACUUGAGUAGCGUGGGUGACUUCCGUGUGGGGAGACUUUCGGCACGAGUGGGCUGUGUUUAGGGUUGGGGUAGGUGUAGACAUUAAUAAAACACAACAGGUUGCUGUGAGGUUGGGGUUAGGGUUGGGGUAGACAUUCAUAACCCACAACAGGUUGAACUCCAAGUUAUGUACAAGAUAUUAAAUAAAUGAAAACUCCAGGUUUGUACAGCCCACUUGGAGCUCAAUCCCACUCACUUGGAGCUGGCUCUGACCUCCAUUUAUACCCUUCUCAACCAAACAGCUACAAGGAGAUCUCGACAUUAUAAACUUUUAUUUGAAGAAGUACUGUAUAUGCAAGAGGAAGACUUUGUUCUAGAGCUGUCCACCAAUAAUAACCACAAUCUUGAUUCGAAUACCUAUGCAGUCUUAGGACAGGAACAAGCUACUGAAUUAAGGAGAAGUUUGCCGUUCAGUAGAAGAGACAAAAUACUUUGGAAGUCAAUCAUGACCAUCAACCUCGAAGUAGAAAUCACUACUCAAGUGAAUUCCCCUUAAAGAGGGUCGCACACUGAAUGCGCCACGCCAUACAUUUUAAAAUUGUAAACAUCGAUUUCUGUCAGGGUUCACACACCGACACUGCAAGUCGGUGGCUAUUUGUGGUGCCUAACUACGACUCAGGACACUGUUCCAAUUUAUGCCAUUCCACAAAGCGCAUUUGCAAAGUUUCAUAUUAAAUAACAUAAUAAUGACUUGAACCUUGCAGAUUAUUUUCAUUGAGUAAUGUUCAAAACUCAGCUAUUAAAAUAAAAUUAUUAAUAAAUUAACUUACCUUAAUGAACUUCUCUAACUAUAUCUUAAAAAUGGGGAAGAUCCUGCAAGUGAACUUAAGCGAAUGUGCACGUCUGGUGUGUCUUACUUUCAACUUUCAUAUGCAUGGCGCAUUCGGUGUGUGACCCCCUUAAGCCUUUUCUCAGACCAUAUGAAGACAUUUAUGGGCAUGUUUACACCUGGUCAGAUAGCUAGCUAUCUGAUUUCUGAAAACGGUUCCAUUUACACUUGACCACAUGAAUGUGGUUCCGCUAAAUGGAUAUAAUUCCAAUCUUCAAAUCUUCAUAUUGUUUGAAAAGUGGCAAAUUUAUGCAAAUUCAUACGAUUACAAACAUACAUUUUUUAAAUGAGCAGUGCUCCCAAACCCUAGCCCUAACCCUACCCCUCAUUGGGGGAUAAACAAAUUAUAUGACUUACUUAGCAGCAUGUUUUUAGUUAUUUUUCGAAUUAUUAAGUAUUGUGAAAUGAUAAUUUUUCCCAUCCUAAAAUGAUCUAGAAUCACCCUUGAUAGAUAAUGGAGUUUUUAAUAAACAUUACCAUUUUUAAAACAAGUCAAGUUAACACAGUUUGAAAAACAAAAUCAUGCUAUACAAUCGUUGCGUACGAAAUCACAUACUUCCAUACAAUAUAGUACGCUAAAAACAGUAUGUGAGUCGAGUAGUAUGUCCGAAUUCAUAUAAUUCGAAAAACAGUAUGCGAGAAGUACCCGAAUGACCUACUACUUCUGGCGAGAUUCUGAGGUCCGCAUUUGAUGGAAGCUACUCUAUCCCAUGAUGCUCCGCAACAAUUCAUGAAUAGGAGUAAAGCGAUGCAACUGACACUGGUUGGUCAAGUGAUGAUGACAAAAAUGGCAGAUGUAGUACAUCCAAGUUCAAUUCUACUGACAUUCAUACUGUAUAGAACGCACUUUUCUAACGGUCGAGUAAAUUCAAACGCAGUACAUACUGAGUAGUAGAUUUUGAACGCAGCCAAUGAAUUUUCAACAUCUGAGCUCGCAACACUGCUCUGUCUUUAAGGGUUUAUCAAUUAUUUUGAUAUAUCCCUGCUGACAAAUCCAGCUUAAACCAGCAUAGGCUGGUUGGCUGGUUUUAGCUGGUUGACCAGGCUGGUUUUAGAGGGUUUUUUGCCAUUUCCAGGCUGGUUUCCAGCCAUUUCCAGCAAAAUCCAGCUAAAACCAGCUUGACCAGCCUGGUUUAAGCUGGACAUAGUUAGUUUUGGCUGGUCAAGCUGGUUUUAGCUGGUGAUUUUACCAGCCUAACCAGCUAAGACCAGACUGGAAAUGGCUGAAAACCAGCCUGGAAAUGGCCAAAACCCCUCUAAAACCAGGCUGGUCAACCAGCUAAAACCAGCCAGCCAGCCUAGGCUGGUUUAAGCUGGAUUUUUCAGUAGGCAUGGAAAUAAUGAAUUAAGUAUUUGUUUGCUUCCAGAAUCCGACUGUUGUGCUUUGUUCUAAAAGUAAGGGUUGAUGGAGGGUUAGACUAACAGAUUUGUUUUUGACCAAAGCACUAUCCCUAGCUGUAUCAAUAUACUGUAAGUACAUCCAAAUGAUUAAAUAUAUGCAUCUUAUAAACUGACACUGGUAAAGGGCAAAGGUUCACCUUCAAAUGAAUAUACUGACUAAAAAGUCUUCAUUAUUAUGCCUGUCCUGAAAAAAGGGCCUUUUUGGUGAUGUUUUUCCCUUUCCAGGAUUAAACUUGAAUAUUCCUC